UUUUAUAUCUGUCUGCGAUUUACUUCUCACUUUAGAAGUUAACAAAACAUACAAUUUGACGACGGCUUCCCAAUCUUUUAUGCACUCAAGAACAUUCCUAUGUACAGAAUGUUCUCAAAUUUUCCGUGUCUUCUAUUUUGAAGUCUAUGGCCGGAAGUCGUGUGUUUCGUUGUCGGUAGUUUGCCUGUUGAGCAGCGCUGCCCUCCCCCCGGUGCAGCCAGACGGCACACCGCCGGUGAGUCGUCACUCCGCGCUGGAAGAUGGCUGAGGUGGAGCGGACCCCGGUCAGGGAAGGGAUCCGGAUAGUCUCUCUGUGUGUGUGUUGGUACACGGUCAGCUCGGGGGGCAACGUCAUCAACAAAAUUAUCCUCAAUGGAUUCCCGUACCCGGUCACAGUCUCCCUGUUUCACAUUAUAUCUGUCGUCGUCUUCCUCCCGCCGUUGUUGCGGGCAUGGGGAGUCCCCAAAACUGAACUGCCGAGCAGGUACUACCGGUGGUACAUCCUGCCUUUAGCUUUCGGAAAAUACUUUUCAUCUGUAUCGGCCCAUUUCAGCAUAUGGAAGGUGCCAGUUUCGUAUGCGCACACGGUUAAAGCCACAAUGCCAAUAUGGGUUGUGCUCUUAUCAAGAAUUAUCAUGAGAGAGAAGCAAACGACAAAGGUGUACAUAUCGCUCAUCCCUAUCAUCGGCGGAGUGCUGCUGGCCACAGUGACUGAGCUGUCCUUUGAUAGUUCAGGACUGAUCAGUGCCCUGGCUGCCACUCUCUGCUUUUCCCUGCAGAACAUCUUCUCCAAAAAGGUGUUGCGUGAUACAAGCGUGCACCACUUGAGGCUGCUCAACAUCCUGGGCUUUAAUGCGGUAAUCUUCAUGCUGCCCACCUGGGUUCUGGUGGAUCUUUCUGUGUUUCUUGUUAAUGGAAACCUGUCAGAAAUUACAGAAUGGACAGGUACGUUUGUCCUCCUGCUCAUCAGCGGCUUCUGCAACUUUGCACAGAACGUCAUUGCGUUCAGUGUGCUCAACCUCGUCAGCCCACUCAGCUACGCUGUCGCCAAUGCCACCAAAAGGAUCAUGGUCAUUAGCAUCUCGCUGCUAAUGCUGCGCAACCCGGUUACCUUCACAAAUGUCCUGGGUAUGAUGACGGCCAUAGUCGGGGUCUUCCUCUACAACAAGGCCAAGUAUGACGCUAACAGGCAGAAGAAGGUACUGCCAAGCACCAAGCAGGAUCUGAGGUCUUUUGACAACCUGGCACUGGAGAAGGUCCAGGCCAACGGGUCCAUGCCUUUCUCCCAUGGCUCAGAGCAGCAGCACAGCUGGAACACCGUGCUGACCGACCACUUCCAGUACAGCCGGCAGACAUACACGACAGACUACAACAACAAGCACCAGUAUGUGGUGUAAAGGGAGGGGGCUGUCCUCACUCUGGGUUCCUGUCAUAGACAUUCCUGUUUAUAGCCGGCCUCUUAGCAGUGGGUCUCCACCCCGCUCCAAACACAAGACUGAAGGCAAGUGCAGUUUGUUCCAGAUAGGAGGAGUGAGUCAGUCCUGAUGGGCCAGUGAUGUGACCGCUACUUUUCUUUUCUUUUGCUCUGUGUUAUAGUUUUGUUUUUGUUUUUUUUUUAUCACAUUGGUACUAAGUCUAUGGCAUGGUGAGAGAAAACAAAAUCAGCAUCAUAUCGAGCAUUUUUGAGAUAUUUUUGGUGAAGGAUGAAGCCAUGUUGUCCACAGCAGGUGGACAUGUGGAAGCUGGUUGAUGAUGAUUUGUGUAAAUGGUUUUGGAUUGUUUUGCUCACUUUCAGAGGAUGCUGGUUGCAAUUAUUUUCUAUCUGUCAUGUUACAUUUUGUAACAAAUACAGUUGAGCAUUUUGUCAAAAUGUCAACGCUUAUAAGCACUGACAUUUUUCUUCAUGAGUCACUUGUCAUGAUGUGAAGAGAAAGUUUUCAAAUUGUCCUCAGUAAAUAAAUUGUGUUCUAUGGAAUGUAUUUGUGUACAGUAAAGGAUUUUAGGUGACAGUCACCUAAAAAAGAUGGGAAAUUUGUGCUUUUGUAGAUUUAAUUUGAUUGCAUGAUAAUGUGAUUAUACUCAGCAAGUGCUUUUACUCAUGCGCAUGUGGCUCUACUGAGCAAAGUCGGUUGGUCCGCCACCGCUCAGAUAUCUCUAAUAACUGUCAUGAUCCCCUGACGUUUCCUCUAACAUGGUCAUUUGCUCAAAAUUUAGAUUUUUCAGAUUAUUUGUUUUAUGACAAAGUUUCUAAAACUAGUGACAUUCCCAUCAACUGCAGCUGUUUUAGUGCCGGUUAAAAGUUGGCAUAAUGAGAAUUUGCUGCUGUCAGUUUACAAGGCGGUUCAAAAAUGCAAGUGUCUGCUGAAGAAAAAUGCUCAAUAAAAAAAAAAAAAAAAAAAGACCAAACUGUUAGAAGCUGAUGUUUAUAAACUCCUACAGAUCGGUAAAAGUGCAGUCAUACUUGUCAGCAGAGCCACCGUAUAAAAUGGCUUUGCAACACUCACACUCACACUGUCCAAUCCGAGAGCGAGACCAGUCUGUUUAUGCGCAACAGUCAUUGGUCUCCCACACAUCUGUUGUUUUCUCCAAGUUAACAGUCAUGUUGCCGCUUACCAUGAGGUAUAAAUGUAAAAAGUUUACUUUAAAUUAGAUUCACCCAGACCAUCCUUCUAUUCCAGCAUGCAGCACAACAGCUGUGCCUGUAAGGAUGGCAGCGGUUCAUGUUUCUUAGCAAGUUCUAACCAUGUAAAAUGUAAUAGAGAUGUUAAAAUGCAUCAUUUUGUCAUCAUUGUUUGGAGUUUAAAAUGAUGCAUCGUUUUUUUUUUAAUUGAUUAUUGGUAUUUAUUGAUCUGUGCCGUUUGUCGGGCAGAGUGAGAGUUCUUUCCUGUCAGGUGAUUUUUCAGCCUGAUCCAAAGCUGCUCUGUCCUGUUUAUGCUUCUUAAACAGUGUCGAGUUUGCACAUCAUAAAACAACUAAAUGUGUUAUUCAGAUUGUGACCGUCCGUCAUGUGACUUUAUAGUCCUGCUGUUUUAUGUAAAGCAUUUUUGUAACAUUGGUGCCAGACAGUUGCCGGGUAGACUUGAGUUAAAAUGAGACCUGCAUGAAAUCAGAGGCUUGGUUUGUGCAAUUAAAGAUAGAACUUUAUUUUCAGGUGGGCUUGAGGUUUUGAUUAUCAUUAGUGAUAAGCGAAAUUGGUAAGUUGAUGACUGCUUGAAUAUCUGUUUACUUUAAGAAGCAUCAGGCACUUGCUUUUCUCUUCACAGGAUAGCUUCUGUGUUCUCAUGGCAGCAAUAUAAAGUUUUUGUUGUUUGUGAUUUAAUUGUCUCAGCAUUUGAAAUCCACACAUCUUAGGAACAGUGCACAUUAAUUGAAUGUUUAUAAAAGUGCCAGUUUUAGCCUGUGAGCGUGUUUUUCCAGUACACAUGGGAGAAGAGAGAGUGCAGUCAUAUUUUAAUAAUAUAGGUUUUUCUACGUGUAAUUUGCUUUUUCUGACAAUUUUAAAAAUCUGUCACAGUGUUUAGUCUGGAGUAAACACCCAAAAUGGUCUUGAAAAGAGGCACUGUGGGAUCAGUGCACUCUGGGCUUCCCAGAGACAAACUUGUGUCAAUAAUUGUCUGUUUGCUCCUUUAUGAAUUCAUGAGGGACUGAACUAGCUCUUACUUCUGAGGUAGUUGAAAUUGUUUUUAGCUGCGAGAGUUUCUCCACCAAGGAGGGAAAUCACCUCUGCUUUCAUAGUUAACCAAGUGUGAAGUCUUGUUUUUAAAAAAAGAUGCUGAUGGACCAGAAAAUUAUAAUCACCUGUAUGAAGAAAUGUAGUGUACUUCAAUAGCCCUGGAAUAAUGACCACUUUGCUCAAAUGUCCUUUUUUGUUUUAAAGACCGCUGCUGUAUUUGUUUGUAUUUUGACUGUUGUAUACUUUGAGGUAUACCUUUGAGGCUGCACUGAAGUGAAAUAUCGGAAACUCCUUCAGAUGUAAAUCAAUCUGAUACACGGCCACAAGUUACAGCCUCAAUAAAGACAAAGGAGCUGAACCAAAACCUCACCCAUUUUAAAAGAAAAGUAGCAUUUGUCUACUGAAAUGUUUCUUUUUCGUCUGUUUAUUCAUGAAAACUUCAAUGCCAACAUUUUCCAUUUAAAUGUUUUUCUGUGUGAUGUGGAAGUGCUGUUCAAAGCGCUGAAAUCAGAAAAUUACCCCUCAACUCUGAGCUCAUGUUUGUUUUACUGUCACACAUUUACUGUAUAGGUCACUGCUCUCAUUAACUCCUGGAAGCAGAUGUUUGCAGCUGUGCGAGUGGAGAACAAAAACUGCUAAGGCACCAGAUAUUUACAAAGGAGUUGAUGAAGAACAAAACAUCUAAAAGUAGAGUUGAUAUCAUUAGUUCAAGGACAUGCACAAACAUGACUUGAACUAAUUUAAAUUUCAAGCUGUUUUCUUCCUGUAUUGUUUUCUACAGCUGAUGGUUCUUGAGAGCAAAACACAAUGUCACACUUGUAUCAUAUGAGAACCAUGUUUAUAAUAACAGUUUAACAUUUGAAGAGGGGGAUAUGGUAGCUUCAUAUCAAAAUUGGUUAGUUAUUAACACUGUAUAAAAUAAUACUUCAUCUGCAUAUCGCAUCAAGUUGAAUGUGACCUCUUGUGCACAAGGGUGCGAGUAGAUUUUAAAUAGCAAUGUGACAUUCUGUCGAGCUAAAACUAUGAUUUCAUGGUGUAGGGAUGUAAUAUUCACAUGUAAUCUGCAUUUGUAGUGUCUUUGCCCAUGUCCCAAAAUUCUUCGACUAUACCCAGAGUUUUAGAUUUAGCAUCAAGCAAAUGACAGAAGUCCUGAGCUGGCAACAGCAUUGGGAGAAAUGAACAACAGUACAAGUCACAUUUUAGCCUUUUGUUUACUGCAGCAGCUAAUGUUUUUAAAUUGUCAUCAUCUUCCUCAUGUUGCCAAAAGCAGAGUGUAAUCUUUUUGUUGUACCACAGGAUGAAGGUAGUGUGUGUGCAUCACACUUGUAGUGUAUUCAUGUCAUUUCUUUAUUAGUUUUUCAAUGUCAUGCCGACUGUGUCUCUGUGCCGUGAGCGAAUAGGAGGUCGCUGAAUUCGGACAGCUCUUGAUUUGGAUGUUGGCUCUCUGCUGUAAAGCUUUUCAAAUAAUGACUGGGGAAAGGGGAAGUUACUUUGUAAAACUUGUAUGAUUAUUUUUGUGUGUGCGCGUCUUUGAUGGGUCUUGAGACAGAAUUUUUACAUCACUGAUGUUUAUAGAUUUUUAUUUAUAGUGUCAAGGCAUAAAAAAUGUACAGAGGUGCAGCUAUGCACAGUCUUGUCUGCUUAUGUUUAGUAAAUGCUAUUUUUAAAUGUUGGGGGGAAAUAAAUGCAUUAUGGAAUACCAAG